AUAAAUUAUAUUGUCUUUAUUAUAUUUGAAUAAAUAUUAAAAGAAUAUUUAGAUAAAAAAUAGAAAUAACCAAGGCUAUUUAAAAAAACAAAAAAGAAGUUUGUCACACCUUAUGUUGCAAAGCAAUUUUUUAAACACCAUGCAGCAAUCUGCUGACUGCUAAAUCAAUAAAAAAUAAUUAUAAAAACAGUUCCUUUUUUAUUAAUUGCUUUAAGACUUAAAUUCAGCCAUGCAAAUUACAGUUAUAUACUUUAAUAUAUUAAUUUAACAGUGGUGUACUGCAUCAUUCAGUGGACUGAAAAUAUAUUCGAGUUAUAAUUAAAUCGCACUAAUUUUCCCAAUCUCAUCAGACCCUGGCGAAAUAUUGUGGAUAAAUCCCUGGCAAGUGUAGGUCAAAAGUUGAUAUCUCUUCUGAUGUUUUAUUUGUCAUCAUAUAAUUGGUUUUACACUGUCUCAAGUUCAAUUUAUUGGUCAUGCAUUAGAAUUGGCCAUAACAAAAAGAAAAUCCUUAAUUUAUAAUACAUGUAUAUGCAAGACCGUUCUUUCUGAAUGCUUCUAUUUUAUUUUAUAUUGCUGGCCACCUUCUUUGUACUUGCCCAAUGCUAUACUUCACAAGGAUCUUUUAUGCAAUACGGUCCAAUUGACUACCAUACACACAUCAUGCUAAAUAUUGUGUACAAAGAUGAAUUCCAUAAACUCAGUGGCAGUGGAAGUCGCCAUGAGGGCUGGCUAUGUACACAGCUGUUGUAUUUUUGGGUACAGCCUUCACACUCCAUCUAACCAUUCCUGUGCUAAGCACAGGUUAAUCUAAUUAAAAAACAGAAACCAAAUUAUAAAUAUAUUUCAUGGUCUGAUGAUGGAUAUAAUUUGACGUACAUUGAUCUGAUAACCAACACUUAUAAUUAAUGCUAUGUAUAGGGUAUUUUAGAAAUGCAUCAUGAUUGUACAACCAUUUGGCUUUUACUUCUAAUUUUCUCAUCUUUAUGAUAACCAUCUUGAUCUUGUAAUCAAUAAAAAAUGUUGGUGGUCCCAUUGGGUUAUUUCAUAUUCCAGCCAGUGCUCCACAACUGGUGUAACAAAGACCAUGGUAUGUACUGUCCUGUCUAUUGGAUGCUGCAUAUAAAAGAUCCCUUGCUGCUAUUCAAAAAGGGUAGCCCAAUGCAUAGCGGCAGCAGGUUUCCUUUCUCAUUAUCUUUGUGGUCCGAUGUCAUAUAACCGUAAUUAAAAAUGUGUUGAGUGCAUCAUUAAAUAAAACAUUCUUUCCUUCAAUAAAAGAUGAAAAAAUGGAUUUAAACCAAAUUAUAUAGUAAAACCAACAAAAAUAUAUUACACAGUCCAGCAAAAAAAUCUAUUUUAAGUAUUUUUGUACAGGUGGUGAACAGAUUCUAUGUGCAUAUGAUUACAUUGUAAAUAUUGAAUGCUUUUGGUUAUGUGGACAACGAACAUCAGUGUGUGUGUGUGCUGAUGUCAUGAGAACAGAAGAAACGUGCAGCUGAUCAGAAGGACGACUUCGGAGAAAAAAGGCAACCAUCUUGAUUGUCACACCAAGCUCAACACAUUGCUACAUGUACAUGGCAGUGUCCUUGACAGUUUUACCAAUAUGGCUGGAUUAACAAGAAAAUUGUGUUUAGAAAUUGUUGUUGAAAAUGUUGAAUUGUUUGUUGUGUGUCGCCUCCAGACGUUGCACGCACCGUCUGGUUUGCUUUCCUUUCAGGAUCUCCGACGGUGACCAUACACUGCUUGGCAGCGUGCGUUGUAUGAUGUGUAUAGAUAUGAUGGUAGAGGUCAUCUUUAUGACUUAUCGGCGUAUGAUGCCAGUAACCUGAAGGCAGAAGACCAGGAGCUCUCUGAGAAGGAGAAACAUAUUGAAGCUGCCUGCAAUGAAGAGAGAUAUCUCGAACUUCACACAGAUGUUGCCGAAGCAGAAAUGUAUCAAGAGGAAGAAUGGAAACGAUACUACGAAUCUCUUCAAGAAGGUUACAAGGCGGUUGGCUUCAGCUAUGAACAGCCUGGAGGAGUGGAUGAGGAGGAGACCAAACAAGAGGAUGUACCUGUUGCUCCGGAAGAUCUACCAUUUGAGGCCCCUCCAGAACUCCAGGUUCCGACAGGCUGUCAAAUUCCAUCGUCUGUGAAACAGAACACAAUAAUAGAGAAAACUGCCAAAUUUACCGCCCAGCAUGGAGCCCAGAUGGAGAUUAUUCUGAAGAUCAAACAGGGAGGUAACGCGCAGUUCAAGUUCCUUUCGUUCGAAGAUCCACUGAAUGCGUACUACAAACACAUGGUCCAGAUGAUCAAAUCAGGGAAAUUCAAACCAAAGAUGGUCGGGCUUGAGCGACAAAACAGUAAUGAGGAUAAUGCUCAUCAUGCACAUGGCUAUCUUCAUCCGAUCCUCUCUAGUACAGCUACUGCCGCUCCACCGGUGAGCAAACCCAUCCAGAUGCCAAAAGUGUGUGUACACACAACAUCAUAUGGUCAGUUGAUCAAGUCAAUCACAAAGAGUCGAGCCGAAACGGCAGAAAAACAAAAGAGAAAACUGGAAUUGGAACACCAAGCAAGUCCAUCGACAUUGGACCCACCCCCACUGCCACCAUUCAUCAGUGAUCCAAACUACAGCUCUAGUCAUUCCGGAUUACCUCCACCCCCUGGAACCGAGCCAGUUGUUCUUCCCUCUCAGAAUGAAUAUCCCCAACUAACAGAAGAUGUUGAUAAUCUGCUGGAAAAUAGUUCAGAAAGUACGGCCACACCUCCCUCAAUAGUACCUCCCCCUCCUGAUAUCCAGCCAAUUAUUGAUCGAAUGGCCAUGUACGUUGCUAAGAAUGGGGCGGAGUUUGAGAUGGUUGUCAAGAGCAAGAAGGAUGAGAGAUUUGCUUUCCUGUUACCACAUCAUGUCCAUUUCCGCUACUACGACUUCAAAAAGUGUCUCUUCUUGGAGCAGAUGGAGUCAGGCAGAAAGGCGAAGGCUGAGCUGGAAGCAGCAGCCGCUCAGAAAGGAGUUAGUUUCUCCAUCAAGAUGAAACCUAAAGAGCAGGAGAGUGUGACACAGCUGAAGAAACCACUGUUUGACUAUGGAAGUAGUGAGGAUGAGCGGGAAGGUGAAUCAGAUGGACAGAGAGACAAGAAUGAAAUCUCGCGAAGUUCAACCCCUCUCUCCGAGGCAGGACAUACCUCCGACUCAAAAAGUGAAAUUCCUCCAGAAGUCUUACAAAAGAAACUUGCUGAAGAAAAAUUCAAAGACCGUCUGGCAGCCGUUGCACGUGAGAAGUUAACCCAAGCUAACAAGGAGAAGCAGAUGCAAGCGGAGAGAAAGAGAAAGGCAGCCAUGUUUAUCAACCAGCUCAAGGCGUCUGGUCCGCUCCUAAGUUCAGAUUUACCAGCCUCUCCAUUGACUAGCAGAUCAUCAACUCCAGGAGCGUCGUCAAGUAAGGACGGAAUUGACGGAAUUGUCUCUACUAGCGAGAUCGAGAAAAUAGAUUAUCAUCAUGGCAAGUCUAGUCUUGGGAAGAAGUCCAGCCAUUCGAGGCGAGGUUCCAGGUCACCCAAUCACAGAUCACGCAGACGGUCUCCAACUCCACCCAGUGCUUUCAGUAAUGCCAGAUGGUCACGUUCCAGAUCUCCACCUUCCAGGAGAUCGCCUCCACCUUCUGAGUGGUGGCCAUUACCGAAUCCUCGAUUGUCAAAGAGGCUAAUCCGCUCACCUCCACACAGAAAAAGGUCACGGUCAAGAGAAAGGAGUCCAAGUAAAAAACGUUCUCGGUCAAGGUCACCCAGUAGUAAAUCGAAAAAACACAAGAAGCAUGACAGGUCACCAAAGAAAAAGAAGAAAGAUAAAGAUAAAGACAGAAGUCGUGAUAAGGAAGACAAAGGAAGACACAGAUCCAAAGAGAAAAAAGACAAACGAAAAGACCGACACAGAGACUCAAAAUCCAAAUCUAAACAGGAUGAGGAGAAAACUGAAAGUGACUCUAUAAACACGAUUGUUAUUGUUAGUGAUGAUGCAGAGUGUGAUGACGAUAUGAAAACGGGGAGCAGUGAACAGGUUGAACAAGAUAAUUCUAAGUCACCAAAACAUUAUGAAGCACAUAGUCCUGUGGGGCCAAGAACACCGGAUGAACCAUCACCACUACCACAUAAUGUUGACAACACCAACAUGAAUGGUGCACAUCAUCCGCUGCCUCUGAGCAGUACGGGUAGCAAUGCCAACAGUGGGCAGGCAUCUCCGGCAGCCAGAAAAGUGGACGCACCUGUUUCGCAGCAUCUCUUGUCUCGUGUGCGAGAAAUACUGAAGGCAUCCAGAGACUCCAUAAAGGCAGAAGAGGCAGGACUUCCAAAUUCAUGACAGAAUCAUAAAGGAAAUAAUAUUUUAUUAAGAAAGACUUGUAUUAACCAUGACAGCUUACUGUCGACACAGAUGCCCAAGUUCAAAGUCAAACAGUCUGUACGACGCAGAUACCCAAGUUAAACAGUUUGCACAUACAUUGUUACAGAGUGAACACACAGGUUGUUAAUCAUUUCUAGUUGUCAACCGGUUGUUUUGUUGGUGUGAGUCACUUGACAGAUUCUGUACAAACCAAAGGUUGUUUUGUGUGUGUGAAGCGCUUUACAGGCUCCAUGGAAACGGCUUACCUCUUAGAACCAUAUGAUGGUGGCAGGCAUAUGUUCAGUCAGAUUCAUUACAUGACAAUUAAAGUUAUUUCAUAUAUUAGAUGCUACUAAAACCUAAUGAGUCACAUAAACUAAUUAUUCUGACAUAUAAUCGGGUGCUUUCUUUGGUAAAAAGAACAAACAAAUGUAUUGUAUUUACCUGUAGUAAUUGCCCAAAAAGAGUCACAUAUGCCAAAACCUUUUGAAGGCCUAUUUUCAGUAUGCCAUUGUUAAGUAAUCUUGCUUAAAGUUUAGUUGUAUGCCGACUUUCUUUUCUCCUAAGGAAUGGGUCUUUUAGUAGAGUUACGGAAGUAUGUGUAAUAUAAUUGGAGAGGAGGAAACAAAUGCCCAGUGAAAGUACUGAACCACAACAGAAAUAAAUAAAACUACAUAGCAAUAAUGAAGCUGAAUCUCAGUUUGUACUCCAUUACCCUGUCCACCUCAGAGUGAGUGUACAACUUGAAUGUCUCCUUUAACUGCUGGCUAUGUGCCAAGGAUAGUGUACUUAAACCUUGAUUGGAUAUAAGAAUAAUUAUAAAGUUAAAUGAAACCAAAUCCGAUGAAGGUACAGACUUCCCAUUACAUUAAGCUUGAUCUUUCUACGAUUACGGAAAUCUUUUAAUACCAGAUGUUUACUUAAUACAAGAUAUUAAAAUCUUGUCAGUGGUUGACAUUUAUCUCUGUUAAGCACAUUGAUUAUUAAAAUGAACUUUAUUCUAGUCAUGUGGUGCGUAUAUGGAGCAUGAAGAACAAGUCGAAAUGUUUUUUUGUCCACAUAUGUUGAAUCAGUUGACAUAUCUUGAUGCUAUAAAGUAACCUGUAAACAUUAACAUUAUGGCUGGUGCCACAAUUAUGGAACUAUAUGCUAAUACAUUGUCCUGAAGACAGACCUUUCUGUUACCUUUUCCAGUAUCUUUGCCCACAUCGUUAUCCAGAUAUUGUUGAAUAAUUGUUUGGGUUUUUUUUUACAAAUCUGGUUUUGAAUUAUGAUUUUAACAUUUGAAAUCUUGUUUUGCUUGUUAAGUUUAACCGUAUAUUUUUAUUUUUUUUACAUAUGAUUUUACAAUAGACGUCGAUUGAUACUGGGAUUUGUUUUAGGGGGUACCACUUAGUAUUAAGUUGGAACAUGAGUAACAGAUUCCUAGCACACAUACAUGUUUUGUGGGGCAAAAUUAAUAUGGACCACUUUUGGGUACUUAUUGUCAGCUUAAUGUGGGACUUUUUGCUUUCUUGGAGGUGGUGGUGUAUGUUGCAUCUUUUUUUCUUUUCGGGGGGAUAAUAAUUUUUUAUAAGCAUUAGCUCAGAGGACAAUAUUCCAAAACCAUAAAUAACCGAAAGUCAGUGCAUGUGAUUUUUACAUAGGUAACCGAUUGUUCAGUUAUGUGAAUUAAAUUUGUCAGUUAUCUCUUAAGUUCGUUACCUUCUGAAGUUUGCAACUUUUGAUUUCAGAACGAUUGGCAGUUCGAAUAAAUAAAUUGCAUAACUGCAAACACAACGUCUAUUAUCCUGACAUAUUGUGCCCUGAAGCAGUUCUUAUUAGUUUAAUGCAUCUGUUCAACUGAUUUGUAACAAAUAAUACCUCACAGCAGUGUUACUGCCAGAAAGAAAUGUUUGGGUAUGGUGCUAUGGCAUUGAAUACAACCACAGUUAACAGGAGGUAUGGCGGUCUCCCCCAGAAAGAAAAUCAUACAGUAAUGAUAUAGAGUAAUUAAUUUUGUCAAAAGGUUAACUUUAAAAAAAAAUCUUCAAACAAUUUUGGGUAUGGCGUCAUACCCGUUUUACCCUCUGGCAGAAACCUUGCACAUUCUGUCUCCAACCAGUUAUUGGGCCAUUUAAAAUAAGUGUUCAAAACAAAAUAUAUUGGUUUGUAGGUCAGAAGGUUAAAACAUUUGUUUUCUGCCAAGAUUAAAUUAAUGCAUAAAAGUACUUUGUUGGAUAAUCUUGUUUUCUGAAUAAUAAAUUACCUCAAUAUACCUAUACUUGCUAUUUAAACAGUACACAUUUGGUUAAGAUUGGAUUAUUAAAUAAAUAAUAAUAUCAUCCAUUAAACUAAUACAAGUUUGACAGCUCUGGAUUGAAGUUGUAAAGUAAACUGCAUACUGAACUAAAUAGUCCAUGUACAAUAUUUUUAUUUUAAAUGUUUACAUGUGAUUUGUGAGAAUAGUAUAUAGGGCAUUAAUUUAAAUUGAUCAUGUAUGGCUGGUUUUGUAUGUGUAUAAUUGUCGAUGCACAAUUAAAAUGUACAUAUUCUUA